AUGUUCAUCCUUGGCAUUCUAUUCUUCUGCCUCCGGCUUAUUCAUCCUGCCCAAGGCGCUGUGGCCUACCCCCCAAUCUGCAAUAUCCCAGACUAUGACUGGGCCGAGGACAGCCUUGCCGACCAGGUCAUUCAGGAGGUACGAGACCGCGGAUUCGGGUGCCGCGCGAACCCAGGUCCACGAGUGUGCACGCAACUCGCCUGCGUCGACCCCGGUGUCGCCGUCUACCUGUGCAACGACCUGGACCACGAGCUGCAGAUUGACUGCGAUGCCGUGGCCGACUAUGCCCAGGAUAUCAAGGACCGCUGCGACAACUUUCCGCUCACCGCCGCCCAGACCACGCAGGGCCAAGAGUUUGAUAUUGGCGGCUGGAACGUCAUUGUGGCCGGGACCUUUGGCGGAAUUGGGGGCUGUAUCGUCUGA